AACUUUGUUCCUUUACUAUUCCAACCCUGAUUUUGGGCAAUACACAUCUAAAAAGUUCCUUUUUCUCACACUUCCUCCUUUUAGUGAACUUUUUUCUGAGUGGGGUCUAUAUGAUUUAUUGACUUUAACGCGCUUCUACUUGAUUUUGCUUCUGAAAGAUUGUUGCAAGGUUCUGGGUUUUCUAGUGUGACUAGAGAGAUUCAGUGGCUUUUGGGGGUGUUUUCUUAGAGAGAGAAAGUCAUGGGUGGAGGCGGAGCAGCAGCAAAGGCGGAGGAGCCAGCGCCACAUCCACCAAAAGAUCAGCUUCCCAAUGUUUCUUACUGCAUUACCAGCCCUCCUCCAUGGCCCGAGGCUAUCAUUCUUGGUUUUCAACAUUAUUUAGUGAUGCUUGGCACAACAGUUCUCAUUCCCACUGCUCUUGUUCCUCAAAUGGGAGGAGGCAAUGAGGAGAAAGCGAAGGUGAUCCAGGCACUGCUUUUUGUUUCUGGGUUGAACACACUGCAUCAAACAUUAUUUGGGUCUAGAUUACCUGCUGUGAUUGGAGGGUCAUACACAUUUGUUGCACCUACAAUUUCAAUCAUCCUUUCUGGUCGAUUCAACGAUCCGGACCCUAUAGAGAAAUUUAAGAAGACAAUGCGUGCAACCCAGGGUGCCCUUAUAGUUGCUUCAGCUCUUCAGAUAGUCCUCGGCUUCAGUGGCCUUUGGCGUAAUGUCGUCAGGUUCUUGAGUCCACUGUCAGCUGUUCCUUUGGUUGCUCUUGCUGGCUUUGGGCUUUAUGAGUUUGGUUUUCCUGGGGUUGCGAAAUGUGUUGAAAUUGGACUGCCAGAGCUGAUUAUUUUAAUUAUUUUCUCACAGUAUUUAUCCCAUUUUAUACACUCAGGAAAGAACAUCUUUGAUCGUUUUGCUGUUAUAUUUUCGGUGGUGAUUGUAUGGAUUUAUGCACACCUACUCACUGUUGGUGGGGCCUAUAAUGAUAAGCCACCAAAAACACAAACAAGCUGCCGUACUGAUCGUGCUGGACUUAUUGAUGCUGCUCCUUGGAUAAGAGUUCCAUAUCCCUUUGAAUGGGGAGCACCUUCAUUUGAUGCUGGCGAAGCCUUUGCCAUGAUGAUGGCUUCAUUUGUUGCUCUUGUAGAGUCCACUGGUGGCUUCAUUGCGGUUGCAAGAUAUGCAAGUGCAACCCCAUUGCCACCUUCUAUUCUCAGCCGUGGUGUUGGUUGGCAGGGAAUUGGCAUUUUUUUGUGUGGUUUGUUUGGAACUGCGACCGGAGCAUCGGUAUCUAUUGAAAAUGCUGGUCUUUUGGCAUUAACACGUGUUGGCAGUCGAAGGGUGGUGCAAAUAUCUGCUGGGUUCAUGAUUUUCUUUUCCAUUCUUGGUAAAUUUGGAGCAGUCUUUGCUUCAAUUCCAGCACCAAUCGUUGCUGCGUUGUAUUGCCUAUUCUUUGCUUACGUGGGUUCGGUGGGCUUGAGUUUCCUUCAGUUCUGCAAUCUCAACAGCUUCCGAACAAAAUUUAUAUUAGGCUUCUCUAUCUUUAUGGGCUUGUCCAUACCCCAGUACUUCAAUGAGUACACGGCAAUUCAAGGAUAUGGUCCCGUUCACACCAGCGGGCGAUGGUUCAAUGAUAUAGUUAAUGUCCCUUUCUCGUCGGAAGCAUUUGUCGCGGCCAUCAUUGCAUUUUUCCUGGACAACACACUGCACAAGAAGGAAAGUUCAAUAAGGAAAGACAGGGGUAAGCAUUGGUGGGACAAAUUCAAGUCAUUUAAGACUGAUACAAGAAGUGAGGAAUUCUAUUCUCUGCCCUUCAAGCUAAACAAAUAUUUCCCGUCCGUAUGAUUCUGCGUGUCACUUGAGUUAUAAGGUGGUGUUAUAAAAUCAUGUUUCGCCAACCCUUUCUUGUAGUUAUUUGUGGGAAGUACUAGCAUAUAUUGGUCUUUUUCCAUGUUUAUCGUAUUAUUAUUACAUGCUAAAGCAGUAAAAAGUAGUAUCUUCAGUUACCGGAUUAUUUAGACCAUUUAUUUAUUUAGUUUUAUUGUAAAUCCAAUGGGUGGUAUGGAGUUGAAGCAGCAAUGAAGCAAGUUCACUGAUUUUCCUAUACAGUUGUGAUAUUUGCUGUACAAGUUAUGAUUCCUACAUCUGCAUAUUCAAAUUUUUGGAAACAAUCUUCCAUUUUAUUGGGUAUGCUGUGAACCAAAUAAGAUAUGUAGAAUAAACUGAUUUUGUUAGUUGGUGUA